AUGCACGCAGCCACGACAAUUCUCCUCCGCCGCGCCCCUCUCACAUUCUCAGAACCGGAUCCCCUUAGCCCUACUUAGCUCGAUUUGUCAAGCUUGUCCAGAUCCUUUUUUCUACACUACGCGCGUGGUCUGCCCAUGAUGCCGCACCACGAGCAAUACAUUCUCCGCGUCACCGCCGGCUCCACCUACGACACGGCGAAACACGAGGACGUCCACGUAAACAGCGAGAAGCCCGUCGACAUAUCCUCUGAUCACGUCGAUGCCAGGAUACACAUUCGAAUAAAAGACUACAGAGGCCUACCUCCAAACUCCCCCUCCACGUCGCCUUACUUCUCCACGCCCCAACACCCCUACGAUCGUUACUCAAUCUCCUUCUCCUUCACACCCAAGCGCUCUAUAUCCGGACAUCACCUCGUUUUCGGCAACGACUUCGACCACCCGAUCCGAGACCGCCUGCCGCCGCUCUUCGACAAAGCAUUCGGCAUCGUAAAGUGGUGGAUAGACCCCGGGCUAGAUGGCGAUGUGUACGGCGACGAACCGUACCUCUAUGGCGCCCUGCUGAGCAGCAUAAAUGUGCUAAGGAUAGGGAGAAAGUUGCUCGGCGAGAAGAAGAAGCAAGAACAAGAAGAAGAAGAAGAAGAGGAGGAGGAGGAGGAGGAGAAUACCGUGGUGUAUGAAGAGGGCGCCGACGGCGACGGCGAGGCGGUGCGGGAAAGACAAGGGAUACCGAGCGUACCUGGCCAGCGGCAGAAGCAUUUCCUCAACGAACAAAAGCGGAAGGAUUUCGAGUUCGAGCAAGGGAGAGAGUACAAGUGCGAUUUCUUCAAUCCGUACCUAGACUUUAAUGAAUUCGCCUUAAAACUGGGAUACGGGCUUCCGGCGAUAUCGAUUAUCGGCCAUUGGGAUGGCCAGCCGCUACGAUACGUCCUCAAGAACAAAGCGGACAACAAGGAGCUUUUUGUCGUCAUAUUCCAGCUCAUACCGACUGAGCAAGCUAAGAAAGAGCAAGGUGCGCAGAGUCCGGAGGACAAGUUUGAGAUAGUGCACGGUGGUGCGAAUGGCACGGCAGCAGGAGGCGACGAUGACGAGCUGGACUAAGCGUUGCGCUUUCAACGUUGAUAGGGCGUUUAGGGUUGCAAGCACACAACUCGCCGAUUGGAAUGGCUGGAUGGUCGGAAUGAGGAAGCAUCGCUGCAUAGAGCAUACAAUAACAGUAGACCUGGCAAAACCUCGCUUUUACAUGGCAACUAGACUUGUACAAUCUCGACUCUUAUUCAAGACAUUU